AUGGCCGCAAGCCACUGCGGGUCGCGGAGAGCAACCCGGGCAGAGGCGGGCAGGGGCGAUGGCGUGGAUGGUGAAGGCGCGGAAGUCGACGUGGUGCAGACGUACUCGUCCGAGGGGUACCGCGUGCUCGGGACGCGAAUCCCUGCACGGGCGCGCAUGAAGGGCCCCGUGGCCGGCGGCGGAGGAGGCGGAGGCGGAGGCGAGGCAUCGCCUGGCGAAGACGGCACGGCGCCCGAGCUGAGGCUCGAGGGCGACGCAAGCGGCGUCGAGGCGGAUGAACCCGGCGAAGGGGCGUCGCCCAGCGAAGACGGCGCGGCGCCCCAGCUGAGGCUCGAGGGCGACGCAGGUGGCGUCGAGGCGGGCGUCGGCGCAGGUGUCGGCGCGGGUGUCGACGUGGGGUCACCCGAGACAUGGCUCAAGGGUGACCCAGAGGGUGGCGAGGCAGCGCCCGAGCCAAAGCUCAAGGGCGCGGCGGAGAGCGACGAGGCAGUGCCCGAGUCCGAGCUCGAGGGCACUGCAGCCGGCGGACCUGCAGGGGGUCGACGUCGGGGACCAUCAGUAGUCGAAGGAGGAGUGGCGACCACCUGUCUUUAUGCAAAAGGAAAGAAAUGCUCAUCAAAGUACACGUGCCGGGAGGUGAUGACGCGGUGA